AUGGCCCCUACGCUGUUCCAGAAGCUCUUCAGCAAGAGGAGCGGGCUGGGCGCGCCCGGUCGGGACGCUCGAGACCCAGAUUGCGCGUUCAGUUGGCCUUUGCCAGAGUUUGAUCCAAGCCAAAUUCGACUGAUUGUGUAUCAAGACUGUGAAAGACGAGGGAGAAAUGUCUUGUUUGACUCCAGUGUUAAGAGAAAAAAUGAGGACAUAUCAGUAUCGAAACUCUGUAGUGAUGCUCAAGUAAAAGUCUUUGGGAAAUGCUGCCAGUUGAAACCUGGAGGAGACAGUUCUUCCUCACUGGAUAGUUCUGUGACUUCAUCUUCUGAUGUAAAGGACCAAUGUCCUAAGUACCAAGGUUCCCGGUGCUCUUCUGAUGCCAAUAUGCUUGGAGAGAUGAUGUUUGGCUCGGUAGCAAUGAGCUACAAAGGAUCUACCUUAAAAAUUCAUCAGAUCCGUUCCCCUCCACAGCUUAUGCUUAGCAAAGUUUUUACUGCACGGACUGGCAGCAGUAUCUGUGGAAGUCUCAAUACGCUGCAAGACAGUCUUGAAUUCAUCAAUCAAGACAACAGUACAUUGAAGGCUGAUAGUAACACAGUUAUUAAUGGACUACUUGGAAAUAUAGGUCUUUCACAGUUCUGCAGCCCCAGGCGGGCAUUCUCUGAACAGGGUCCGCUCCGCCUGAUCAGGAGCGCCUCUUUCUUUGCAGUUCACAGCAAUCCAAUGGACAUGCCUGGAAGAGAGCUGAAUGAAGACAGAGACAGUGGCAUAGCACGCUCUGCAUCUCUCAGCAGCUUGCUUAUUACACCGUUUCCCUCUCCCAACUCCUCACUUACCCGAAGUUGUGCCAGCAGUUACCAGCGACGUUGGCGACGCAGCCAAACAACAAGUUUGGAGAAUGGGGUAUUUCCUAGAUGGUCUAUAGAAGAAAGCUUUAAUCUGUCAGAUGAAAGCUGUGGCCCUAAUCCAGGAAUUGUGAGGAAAAAGAAGAUUGCAAUUGGGGUAAUCUUUUCAUUAUCCAAAGAUGAAGAUGAAAAUAACAAAUUUAAUGAAUUCUUUUUUUCACAUUUUCCUCUCUUUGAAAGCCACAUGAACAAACUAAAGAGUGCAAUAGAACAGGCUAUGAAAAUGAGCCGGAGAUCUGCUGAUGCCAGUCAGAGGAGUUUGGCAUAUAAUCGAAUAGUUGAUGCCCUAAAUGAAUUCAGAACAACAAUUUGUAAUCUUUAUACAAUGCCACGAAUUGGAGAGCCUGUCUGGCUUACAAUGAUGUCGGGGACUCCAGAAAAGAACCAGCUUUGCCAUCGUUUCAUGAAGGAGUUCACAUUUCUAAUGGAAAAUGCUUCCAAAAAUCAAUUCUUGCCAGCACUCAUUACUGCAGUUCUGACCAAUCAUCUUGCCUGGGUUCCAACAGUCAUGCCAAAUGGACAACCACCUAUAAAAAUAUUUUUAGAAAAACAUUCCUCUCAGAGUGUGGACAUGUUGGCAAAGACUCAUCCAUAUAACCCACUUUGGGCACAACUAGGGGACUUGUAUGGCGCUAUUGGCUCUCCUGUACGGUUGGCAAGGACUGUAGUGGUUGGCAAACGACAAGACAUGGUCCAGAGGCUGCUUUAUUUUCUUACUUAUUUUAUAAGAUGCUCUGAACUUCAAGAAACCCAUCUUUUAGAAAAUGGAGAAGAUGAAGCCAUCGUUAUGCCAGGCACUGUAAUUACUACCACUUUGGAGAAAGGUGAAAUAGAAGAAUCUGAGUAUGUGCUUAUCACAAUGCACAGAAACAAAAGCAGUUUGCUCUUUAAAGAUCCAGAAGAAACAAGGACUCCUAAUUGUAACUGUAAAUAUUGCAGUCGUCCACUCCUGGGACAAAAUAUGGAGAAUGUUUCACAACAAGAGACAGAAGAGAUUCAAAACAGCUCUAAGGAGCUACUAGGAAUUUCAGAUGAGUGCCGUAUGAUUUCUCCCUCUGACUGCCAAGAAGAAAAUGCUGUUGAUGUUAAACAGUUCAGAGAUAAAUUAAGAACUUGCCUUGACACCAAGUUGGAGACCGUUGUUUGCACAGGAUCUGCUCCAGUAGACAAAUGUGCCUUGUCAAAAUCAGGCUUAGAGCCAGCAGAGGAAACAUGGCAUAAUGAGGAAUUGCUGGGUUCAGGUAAUCACACAGGCAAAGUGUUGAGAUCCACGGGAAUGGUUGUGGAAAAAAAACCUCCAGAUAAGCUUGUGACUGCUGCAUUUUCUUGUGAAGCAUCCCAGACAAAGGUUACUUUCUUAAUUGGAGAUUCUAUGUCACCUGACUCAGAUACUGAACUCAGGAGUCAGGCAGUGGUGGAUCAGAUUACCAGGCACCACACCAAGCCACUGAAGGAAGAAGGAGAGGCUGUUGUUGAUCAGCAGCAUCAAGAAACUAAACAAACAACUAAGGACCAAUCCGGAGAGUCUCCUAUACCAAACGUAGUUUCCGGAGAGCCCUGUGAACUUCCCUGUUGGAAUCAUUCAGACCUAGAAAGCAUGAGCUUAUUUGAUGAAUAUUUUAAUGAUGAUUCAAUUGAAACUAGGACUAUUGAUGAUAUUAUUGCAGUUAAAACAAGUACAGACAGUAAAGAACACUGCUGUAUGUUAGAAUUUUCAAAAGGAUUGUGUACUACAAAUAGCAAACAGAACAGUGAAUUUUGUAAAUGUGUAGAAACAGUUCACCAAGAUUCAUGUAAAACCUGCUUUCCUCAGCAGGACCAAAGAGAUAAACUCUCCAUUCUUGUCCCCCAUGGGGAUAAAGAGACUUCAGAGAAAAAAAUUGCUAUAGGAACUGAAUGGGACAUUCCAAGGAAUGAAAGUUCAGAUAGUGCCCUUGGGGAUAGUGAAAGUGAAGAUGCAGGUCAUGAUAUGACUAGACAAGUAAGCAGUUAUUAUGGAGGAGAGCAAGAAGAUUGGGCAGAAGAAGAUGAGAUACCUUUUCCUGGGUCAAAGUUAAUUGAAGUGAGUGCUGUUCAGCCCAACAUUGCCAACUUUGGGAGGUCCUUGUUGGGUGGCUACUGCUCAUCUUAUGUGCCUGAUUUUGUUCUUCAAGGAAUUGGUAGUGAUGAGAGGCUCCGUCAGUGUCUGGUGUCAGAUUUGUCUCAUGCUGUGCAGCAUCCAGUGUUGGAUGAACCAAUAGCAGAAGCUGUCUGUAUUAUAGCAGAUAUGGAUAAAUGGACUGUUCAAGUGGCCAGUAGCCAGAGACGAAUGACAGAUAAUAAAUUGGGAAAGGAAGUAUUGGUUUCCAGUCUUGUUUCCAACCUGCUUCAUUCCACUCUUCAGCUUUAUAAGCAUAACUUGUCUCCAAAUUUUUGUGUAAUGCAUCUCGAAGACCGAUUACAGGAGUUAUACUUCAAGAGCAAAAUGCUGUCUGAAUACCUGAGAGGACAGAUGCGUGUCCAUGUCAAGGAACUAGGAGUGGUUCUAGGGAUUGAAUCCAGUGAUCUUCCUCUUCUGGCUGCUGUAGCAAGCACUCACUCUCCAUAUGUUGCUCAGAUACUCCUUUAA